AUGUUUUUUUUUUUCUUUGUUUUUCUAGGAACUAGUUCAGGAUCAAAACUAAAAGUUCCUGAGCUGAGUAUAAAUGGCACACAGCACGUUGUUCAAGCAGGCCAGACUUUAAAUCUCACCUGCAGGGGGGAAAUGGUUCAUUCAUGGUCUUUGCCUGAAACUCUAAGUAAGGACAGCAAAAGGCUGAAAGUAAUUAAAUAUGCCUGUGGAAGGAAUGGGAAGCAGUCCUGCAGUAGUCUGACCUUGAGCAGAACUCAAGCAAGUGACACUGGAAACUAUAGCUGCAAAUACCCAACAAGUCCAGCGAAAAAGAAGAAGGAAUCUACAGUCUAUGUAUUUAUUAACGAUACAGGCAAUCCAUUUGUGGAGAUGCACAGUGAUAUACCUAAAAUAAUACACAUGACUGUGGGAAGAGAAAUGAUCAUUCCAUGCAGAGUCACAGCACCAAACAUUGCUGUUACUUUAAAAAAGAUUCCACGCGAAACCCUAAUUCCUGAUGGCAAGACAAUAAUCUGGGACAGCAUGAAAGGCUUCAGAAUACCUAAGGCGACCUACAAAUUCAUAGGGCUCCUGAGCUGCGAGACAACCGUCGGUGGACACAAGUAUAGCACAAAGUACCUAACGCACCGAGAAACCAACACAAUUUUUGAUGUCCAGUUAAGCACCCCGCGUCUUGUCAAGUUGCUGAAAGGAGACAGCCUGGCAAUUAACUGCACCGUCACCGCAGCCUGGAACACCAGAGUGCAGAUGACGUGGACUUAUCCUGGAGAGGCAAGGAAGAGAGGUUCUGUAAUGCAGCGUAUUGACCAGAAGAAUACAGAAGCCAAUAUUUUUUACAGUAUCCUCGUUGUUGACAAAGUGCGUGAUAUUGAUAAAGGCCAGUAUACCUGCCAUGUGAAGAGCGGGCCAUCAAUCAAAGCUGUUAACACGACAGUCAUUGUUUAUGAUAAAAUGUUCAUUAAUUUGAAACGUCGAAGAAAAACUGCGCUGGAGGCUGUAGCUGGGAGAAAAUCCUAUCGUUUGUCAAUGAAAGUGAAAGCAUUUCCCUCUCCAGAGGUUAUAUGGUUAAAAGAUGGGCUACCUGCUGCUGAAAAGUGUGCCCGGUACAUGGUUAAAGACUAUUCGUUAAUCAUCAAGGAUGUUGCUGAGGAAGAUGCUGGAAACUACACUAUAAUAUUGAGCAUACGACAGUGGAACUUGUCUAAGAAUCUUACAGUCACUCUUACAGUAAAUGUGAAACCCCAGAUAUACGAAAAUGCCGUAUCAUCAUUCCCUGAUCCCAAUCUGUAUUUACUGAGCAGCAAGCAAGUGCUGACAUGCACCGUGUAUGGUAUUCCUCAGCCUAAAAUUACAUGGAUGUGGUAUCCCUGUAGAAAAAACCAUUUUAAAACAAGGCAUGGCUUUUGCUCUUAUACCGAAGGAUCUUUCAUCCUGAAACCUGGCAGCAACAUAGGAAACAGGAUCCAGAGCAUCACUGAGCGAACGGCUGUAAUAGAGGGCAAAAAUAAGACUGCUAGCACUCUCAUUGUAGCUGAAGCCAAAUCUUCUGGGAUCUACAGCUGUGUGGCAUCCAAUAAAGUGGGAAAAGCUGAAAGAAACGUCAGUUUUAUUGUAACAGAUGUACCGAGUGGAUUCCAUAUUAGUUUGGAAAAAAUGCCCAUUGAAGGAGAGAAUUUGAUAUUGUCCUGUUCAGCCAACAAAUUCCUGUACAAAGAUAUUGCUUGGAUUUUACCGAGGACGGUCAACAAUCAAACGAAAGCAAAAAGGUCUCUCAACAAGGAGUACUCCGUCACCCUCACUCUGACCAUCAAGAACGUUUCCCUGGCACACUCGGGCACCUAUGCCUGCCGAGCAAGGAACAUAUACACGGGGAAAGAAGUGCUUCAAAAGAAAGACGUUACAAUCAGAGCUCAAGAGGCACCAGCCUUGCUGCGGCACCUUAUGGAUCAGACAGUGAACACCAGUAACUCUGCCAUGUUGGAGUGCCAGGUUCGUGGCAUCCCCGAGCCCCAGAUAUCCUGGUUCAAAAACCAUGAGGAAAUACAGCAAGAACCAGGAAUAAUUUUAGGGCCCGGAAGCCGAAUGCUGUUUAUUGAAAGAGUAAAAGAGGAGGAUGAAGGACUAUACCAGUGUAUAGCUACCAACUUAAAAGGGUCCGUGGAGAGUGCGGCAUAUGUCACGGUACAAGGCACAUCGGAGAGGUCAAACCUGGAGCUGAUAACCCUGACCUGUACCUGUGUGGCUGCGACGCUCUUUUGGCUUCUGUUGACCCUCUUCAUUCGCAAGCUGAAGAGGCCUUAUUCCUCUGAAAUGAAGACCAAUCAUUAUCUGUCAAUCAUAAUGGAUCCUGAUGAAGUUCCCUUAGAUGAGCAAUGUGAACGUCUGCCUUAUGAUGCCAGCAAGUGGGAAAUUGCAAGGGAAAGGCUUAAACUAGGAAAGUCCCUUGGACAUGGAGCUUUUGGAAAGGUGGUACAAGCAUCUGCUUUUGGAAUUAAGAAAUCACCAACGUGCAGAAUAGUUGCUGUGAAAAUGCUGAAAGAAGGGGCCACUGCAAGCGAGUACAAAGCACUGAUGACUGAGCUGAAAAUCCUGAUCCACAUUGGUCAUCAUCUCAAUAUUGUGAAUUUGUUGGGAGCUUGCACGAAAAAUGGAGGGCCUCUGAUGGUGAUUGUUGAAUACUGCAAGUAUGGGAAUUUAUCAAACUACCUGAAGAGCAAGAGGAAUUUCUUCUGCCCUAACAAGGACUCCCCUCUGCACGGAGAGCCAAUGAAAGAGAAAAAGGAUAUUGAGCCAGUGGAAGGCAAAAAACAAAGGCUGGCCAGUGUCACCAGCAGCGAGAGCUUCGCGAGCUCUGGGUUCCAGGAAGAUAAAAGUCUGAGUGAUGUGGAGGAGGAUGAGGAGGAUGCUGAUGAGCUCUACAAGUUGCCCCUCACUAUGGAGGACCUGAUCUCUUACAGCUUUCAGGUGGCCAGAGGCAUGGAAUUUCUCUCCUCCAGAAAGUGCAUUCACCGUGACCUGGCAGCCAGAAACAUCCUUUUAUCUGAGAACAAUGUCGUGAAGAUCUGUGAUUUUGGCCUCGCAAGAGAUAUUUAUAAGAAUCCUGAUUAUGUGAGAAAAGGAGAUGCCCGACUUCCUCUCAAGUGGAUGGCUCCAGAAUCCAUAUUUGAUAAAAUCUACAAUACAAAAAGCGAUGUGUGGUCCUACGGAGUCUUGCUGUGGGAGAUAUUUUCCUUGGGUGCCUCUCCUUACCCCGGAGUCCAAAUCGAUGAGGAUUUCUGCAGCAGACUAAAGGAAGGCACAAGAAUGCGAGCCCCGGAGCAAGCGACCGAGGAGAUCUACCAAAUCAUGCUGGACUGCUGGCGAAGCAAUCCCAACGACAGACCAAGGUUCUCCGAGCUGGUGAAAAAGCUGGGCGACCUGCUGCAAGCAAACGUCCAGCAGGAAGGCAAAGACUACAUACCCCUCAAUACGAUAUUCACAACGGAAAGCGGGUUUCCCCCUGCAUCUGAUCCUUUGUGCAAUGAAAAUUUUUCUGUUACAAGCUCAAGUUGUGGAAGCACUGAAAACAUGAGAUACAUAAACACUUUCAAAAUAAAACCACCCCAGCGCAUAAAGACGUUUGAGGAGCUUCCCAUCAAGGAAACACUUAUAUUUAAUGAUUAUCAAGCAGACAGUGGGAUGGUGCUGCCUCCAGAAGAACUGAAACGCUUCACGUGGACGGGCAGCAAGCAGAAACGGACGCUCUUUGGCGUGAAAGGUGCCAGCAGGAGCAAGGAGUCGGUGCUUUCUGGAAUAACCAAGCCAAGAAGCUUCUGCAGUUUCAGCUGUGACCAGCUCAGUGACGCCAAGCAAAGAUACACAUAUGGUAACGCGGUGCUGGAGAAAAUGAAAGCGUUCCAUUCUCCCCCUCCUGACUACAACUCUGUCGUCCUUUAUUCUCAGCCACCCGUUUAA